GCCGCCCAAUUCAAGCAGUGCACUUGCGGUUGUAAAACGGAUGUCCUCAGAGCUCCGUUCUCGCAACGCAAUUUUAAAAAAAUAUGCCAUGGCUGCUGGCGAUCUAAGGAUUCCCGGAGAAGGUGUUCUAAUAGGAGAUAAACUUUAUUCCGGCGUUACUUUAACAUUAGAUAAUUGCCGGGUGCCAGCGGAGCGACUACAGAGCAGCCCGUCCGCCGACCAUGGCUUGACCUCGAUCGCCGAGGAGCAGCUUAGGAUGCGCGGCUGUGAGUUGAUCCAAGCCGCUGGCAUCUUGCUCAAACUUCCACAGGUAGCGAUGGCCACGGGACAAAUUCUCUUCCAGAGAUUUUUCUACUGCAAAUCGUUCGUCCGACACUGUGCAGAGAUGGUGGCCAUGGCGUGUGUACACCUCUCCUCUAAGAUCGAGGAGGAGCCGCGCCGGAUACGAGACGUGAUCAACGUGUUUCACCAUCUGAAGAAGGGCAGAGGGGGCCGAACACGUCCGCCGCUGCCAUUGGACGCCGCGUAUGUCAAUACUAAGGCUCAGGUGAUCAAAACGGAAAGGAGGGUUCUGAAGGAGCUGGGCUUCUGUGUGCACGUCAAGCACCCCCACAAGGUAAUAGUCAUGUACCUUCAGGUUCUGGAGUGUGAGAAGAACACUCCCCUGGUUCAAAUGGCCUGGAACUACAUGAACGAUAGCCUGCGGACGGACGUUUUCCUGAGGUACAGUGCUGAGACGGUCGCCUGUGCCUGUAUCUACCUGUCAGCCAGAGCUUUACAGAUACCUCUGCCAGAGCAGCCCGCCUGGUUCCUGUUGUUCGGCUCGGCGGAGGAGGACCUGAAGGAGAUCUGCCGGAGGAUCCUGCGGCUGUACGCGCUGCCCAGCGUGUCCCUGGCCGCCCUGCUGCUGCAGGUGGACAAGUGUCGCCAGGCCAUGGACGCCGUGGCCGCCAAGGCCAAGGCCGCGGGCACGGUGCUGCUGUCCAUCGGGACGCCCACCCUCGACAGCCCCGCCAACUUCUCCCCCGCCUCCAAAGCAGUGUCACCUGCUGUGCCAAAUCCCGGUCAUGAAUCUCCUGUGUCAAAAGUUGCCCUAAAAAAUGCCUGCCGAAAACUAGCGAAUGGAGAUGGGAAGAGCAAACUAAGUCGCAGCGCCGAGAGGAGAGAGAGCCGACCCCCCAGUCCUCCAAAGCGCAGACGCAGUCGCAGCGUCUCGUCCGCCUCUCGCUCCGCCUCACCGCUACGACGCAAGAAGCACGCGGUCCACAGGGAGCGGGAGAGGGAGCGGGAGCGGUACAGGGAGCGAGACGGGGAGAGGAGUCGGAGAGGAGCAGAGAAGGGUCGCGGACGGAGGGAGGAACACUCGCGUAGGAGAUGACUGGACUCGCCACGGGGAGGUCGAGGGUUUAUGAUUUGGGAUUUUUUUGUUUUUUUGUUUUUUUCAGGGUCUGACUAUGUUUUUAUAGUGUUAUUUUUCCUGCUACGUGCUGCAUUUUUUUUUUGUUCCUCUUUGCAUUUUCUUUUUUGUAAACGCUCAAAGACAAAAGUGAUCAUCAUGACUUUUUAAAUACAAUAUUUUUUAUAAUCAUCAUUCAUGUCGUUUCCUGUUGGAGUUCCAUUAUGCCACCCCAAAUUCACCCACAAUUGUAUUCUAUUGAAGCCAUUUCUGAUGGCUUAAAGUUGUUAUAAAAUGAGUUUUUGAAAGUC